AAUGGAUUCUGUAUUGUUUUCCUAGACGUCUGUUCGGCAUUUCAUUGUACAUGUUGUACAUGUAUCAGUCAUGAUUACAGUAUGUUCACCGGGAUACUAUGGGGAUACAUGUGAGAAAAUUUGUCCACGUGGUACAUUUGGUCAAGAUUGUGGUGGACAGUGUAGGUGUUCCCCCGAGGAUUGCAACCACGUCACAGGGUGUCCACAUUUAAGCCAACGUGUAACCACACCGGCAAUCACAGAACAUCAAGAGAAUAAAACACCCACAACAUUAAUAUUUGGACUACCUGUCUCUAAAAUAAAGGAUGGCAACCCAUCAGUAAUAUCACCAACAGUAAAACCUCAUGUAUCAACAUUGAACAGCACAAAUCUGUACUCUUCUAAGAUUCAAACAACUUCAUCUUCUUCUGAUAUAACCACGGCGGGGGAAUUUAACAGUAAUUAUUUACUGUCUGGAGUGGGAUUGUUGUUAGCUAUUUUAUUGAUUGUAAUCAUUUUCCAGCUCCGUUUUAGAUCAAAAUCUUCGCAAAGAAAGAUAUCAAGAAGAGAAAAGAAAAAUGACACCGAAAGAAAUGUAUCCAAUGAUUCUGAAAGUAUGCCACGUGAGAGUGACAAAAAGCAAUACAACAGGUUAGAGCAGGAUAAGGACAACCGCCAUGUCUAUCAUAAGGCUGAAUCUGAGUAUCAGGAAAUUGACAAAUGUCUAGAAAUGUUGGAGGUUUCGUCCAGACCAAAAGAAGGUUCUAUAUCAAAGGAGGAGUUGUCGGGAGAAAGUAGUUAUUUGGAAAAUUAUUUAGAACCUGUUAUUUCAAAAGACGAUAUAGAGAACAGCAAUGAGAGACAACGGCAUUCAUACAUCGAAAUUUUGGAUUCAGACAAAAUUAGAGUGGAUGAAAACCUAAUUGAUGGACGUUAUGAAAAAAUAAGUGAUUCAUCGUCUUCAUAUGAUGAUGUAAUGACUGAAUAUUCCAUUGUUGCAGCGGAAGUGGCUAAUGGAAAUAAUGAUACGUAUCUAGAUGUUCAAUUUUGAUGAGUCAAUCAUGGAAUAAAAUCAUCUCAAAAUGCAACUGUCUCUAAACUAUCUGUAUAAUUAACUCAUCAACUUGUGUUAUAAGGUUUCUUGAUUACACAUUUGAUGCCGAUCGCCAUUGUUGCUUUUGUUAUAUCCAAGGUGCUCUUGAAAUACCUAA